UUACAGCCUUGUUACUUUCCUCCACAGCAACAUCAAUAAAUUCAGCAAAGAAGUAUGUGCUGUAUGUGGAUGCCUGUUGCAUGGAUCCAGCUCCAAAGCUGCAGUUUCAGCUACAGUGGAAAAAAAGACAAGGAAACAUUUCAGUUGGAUUUUCCAGAGCAGGAUCUGUGAGAAAAGGUAACUUGGGAGAGCCCUGCAGAGUGGGAGCUGCAUCUACAGCCUUCUAGGAAGAAAACCCCAUUAGAUGUGCAAGACCGGACUGGAGCUGUAUUUGUUUGGGAAGACUAUGGAUAGGCACCAGAGCUGGCAGCUGAAGUGCUGGAAUGCCAUCCUCCUUGUGUUGCUGUGGCCUGGCAUUUCCCGUGCCCAGAGGGACUGCACGGGCAUGGAGUGCCAGCCCCUGGACAACUGCAUCGAGGAGGUGCUGGAGCCCGGGGAGUGCUGCGCCACGUGCCUGCAGCACGGCUGCCCCUGCGAGGGCUACCAGUACUACGACUGCGUCAACGUGGGCUUCGUCAACGGCAAGGUGCCUGAGGGGCAGUCCUACUUCGUGGACUUUGGAAGCACCGAGUGCUCGUGCCCCAAGGGAGGAGGCAAGAUCAGCUGCCAGUUCAUGCUGUGCCCAGAGCUGCCCCCAAACUGCAUCGAUGCGGUGGUGCCAGCUGAUGGGUGUCCUCAGUGUGGAAGGAUAGGCUGCCUUCACGAGGGCCAGAAGUACGUAGCAGGGCACACCUUCCACAUGCCCCCCUGCAAGGUUUGCCACUGCCCGAACGCUGGGGGGGAGCUGAUGUGCUACCAGCUCCCAGACUGCAACACGUUUGCCCUAAACACUGCAAGCCCAAUAGAUGCUGAAGAUGGGGAAGCAGAGAGGCACUACGACGAUCCCUACAGCUACGACCAGGAGGCUCCGGAAGGAGACAGCACCCAGGUGGAGUCUCCAAAAAAAUUCAGGAGUUAUUCAUCCCACCUAGAGCAAGAGAGCAUUAGCCAAGAGCAAAGUGAGGAUUAUGACUACCUACCGGCCAGCGUUGCUCCUUCACCUUUGGCUCCAGCAGACCCAUACACUGAGGAGACAGCUGUGCCACUCACCACAUCGGUGCCUCAUGUCCCCUCUGAAGUUCACAGUGCCACAGAAAGGAGUGAGUGGAGGAGGGUGCCCCGCACCACUGCAGCAUCCCUCCAGCAAACCACCCACAAGGAAGCACCAGUAACCACCAGUGCUCCUCCAGAGCCCACGACAGCCACCACUGAGACACCCAAGCACCUGGGGGAAAUGGAGAGGAGACCAAAGGGGAAGCAAGGGGACAAGGAGAGACACGAGCAGGAGAGAGGCCCCCACUCUAAAAUGAAAAAGCAUGCCAGAAAGGAAGACCCAGGGAGCAGCGUGCAUCUAGCCUUGAAAGAGGUGAAUUUAACAGCACCAAGUUGGUCAAAAUCUUCCCAUGAAGCGCAUGAGGGAAAUGCUUUCCCCAAGGUGAAGUUCAGUGCAACCACCUCUCCCCCUGUUGCUCUGAAGGAGGACCGCAGCCAGCCGUCCCAAAAGCAGUCCCAGACGCUUUAUCGUUACCAGCCCGAGGAAGAUGGGGGGGACCCCAACUCUAUUCAUGCCAACCCCAGAUUACCAGAAGGUUCCACCAAGGAACUGAUGGAGAGCUGCUGUGGAGCUGGACAGCAGUGGGCUAUAGACAACGGGGAGUGCACUGAAAUGCCUGUAAGUGGAAUGGAUGGUGAUAUUUGCAGGGUAGCUCAGCAGCAGUGCUGCAUCUCCACCGUGAAGGAGAACAGCUGCCUGGCGGGCAUGGUGGCUGCCAAGGAGGGCGACGCGUGCGGGCCGGAGGAGAGCGAGCCCUGCGGGGGGUCCUCGUACAAGCAAUGCUGUGACUGCUGUAGCCUGGGCCUGCGAUUGAGGAGUGAGGGGAAAACCUGCGAGUCCAACAUAAACCUGGGCUACCCCUGCAGUCAUGUCAUGCUGUCUUGCUGUGAAGGGGGUGAUCACUUUAUCCAUCCAGAAAUAAAGAGGCAUCCUGAACCUCUGCCAACAGUGACGCCUGAGAAGGUUUCAGAGACAGAAGAUCACAAUGAAGCUUUGUCCAUCAGUAAUGAAGCUGAACUGUCAAACAGCCUGCCUGGAGAUGACCUGGAUGAAUGUCUUAUCUAUGGUGGGGAACUCUGUCAGCACUUGUGUAUAAACACCGUGGGGUCCUACAAGUGUUCCUGUUUUCCAGAAUUCACUUUGCAAGAUGAUGGGACCAGCUGCUCUCCAGAUCCUGACAGAGGACAGGUGACAAGGCUGGAAGCAGAAGCCACCAUCCCUCCAGCAGCCUCUCCUCAGCCUCUUCUCAUCGUGUCCUUACAAGAAGAGCAGGAUAAGUGUAAAGAUAGUGGCCCCUGCAAGCACAUCUGCAACGUCGUGGAGGGCAGUGUUGUGUGCUCUUGUCUGUCUGGAUAUACUCUCAUGGCUGAUGGGAUUUCUUGUGAAGACAUUAAUGAAUGUGUGACAGAAAGGCACACCUGCCAGCGGAGGGAGCACUGCGUCAACACCAUGGGAUCCUUCACAUGUCUCCAGGAACUCAACUGUCAGCCAGGUUAUGAGCUUAAGGAUGGAGAAUGUGCUGAUAUUGAUGAAUGCGAGAGGGGAACUCAUAGCUGUAAAGUGAACUUUGUUUGUCAGAACACAGAAGGGUCCUUCUACUGUGAGUCCAAGCAGCGCUGCAUGGAUGGGUUUUUACAAGAUCCUGAGGGAAACUGUGUGGAUAUUAAUGAAUGCACCUCUCUCCCUGAGCCAUGUAAACCAGGAUUCAACUGCAUCAAUACUGUUGGGUCUUACACCUGCCAAAGGAACAUGCUGACCUGCAGCAGAGGCUACCACUCCAACGAGGAGGGAACUCGAUGCGUCGAUGUGGAUGAGUGCCAGACUGGUGUCCACCGUUGUGGCGAAGGGCAGAUUUGUCAUAAUCUCCCUGGGACUUAUCGCUGCGACUGCAAGCUGGGCUACCAGUACGAUGCCUUCAGCAGGAGCUGCAUUGAUAUAAAUGAGUGCUGGAACUACCCGGGCCGCCUGUGUCAGCACACGUGUGAGAACACCCCUGGCUCCUACCACUGCACUUGUUCUUCUGGUUUCCGCUUGUCCUAUGAUGGGAAGCACUGUGAAGAUGUGAAUGAAUGUGAUACCAGUCCCUGCAGCCAGGAGUGUGCCAAUGUUUAUGGUUCCUAUCAGUGUUACUGCAGGCAAGGUUUCCAGCUGGCAGAAGAUGGACAUUCUUGUAAAGAUAUUGAUGAGUGCACACAGAGUGCAGGCAUCCUCUGCACCUUCCGCUGCGUCAAUGUUCCUGGUAGUUACCAGUGUGCCUGUCCUGAGCAGGGAUACACCAUGGCAGCAAAUGGAAGAACCUGUCGAGAUGUGGAUGAAUGUGCCCUGGGAACCCAUAACUGCUCAACAGCAGAGACCUGCUAUAACAUCCAGGGCAGCUUCCGCUGCCUGUCCUUCGAGUGUCCUUCCAACUACAGGAAGGUGUCUGACAUGAGGUGUGAACGGAUCAGUUGUUUCAACUACCUGGACUGCCAGAACACCCCGGUGCGCGUUACCUACUACCAGCUCAACUUCCAGACCAACAUCGUGGUCCCAGCUCACAUCUUCCGUAUCGGCCCAUCCCCUGCCUAUGCUGGGGACAACAUCAUCCUGACCAUCAACAAGGGCAACGAAGAGAACUACUUCAGCACUCGGAGGCUCAACUCCUACACGGGCAUCGUCUUCCUGCAGCGGCAGGUGAAGGAGCCCAAGGACUUCCUGCUGGAUGUGGAGAUGAAGCUCUGGCGCCAGGGAACUUACACCACUUUUCUUGCCAAAAUUUACAUUUUCAUCACAGCUCACGCGUACUGAGGCCUGUUCUGAGAUGGGAUUUUAUUGGUGCUAUGCUCUUUUAACUCCUACCAAAGCUUAAUACUGUUGAACUGGCAUUUAAUCUAUCUAGCCCGUGUAUUAUUUUUUCUGUCGUUGCUUUAAACUUUUUUUUAUUGGUUGUGUAAAUUAAGUUAAUUUUUACCUUUUGUUGGUUUUCUUACGUAAUUCUUCACAUCAACAUUUGACAAUGAGUGAAGGAAGGGUUAGAAAGGCAGCACAUACGUUGUGCUAAAUGCUGGAACCUUCUCUUAGAAAUUACUUUUAGGUUUAGUCACACCUGCAGGGUAUUGCACUAGGGAGAAAAGGUGUUCACUUGGGAGUGCUGGUUUUUUGCCACUAAGGGAAUAAACCCUGAGG